AAGAGGCGAAUGUCAGUUGGAAGGAAAUAUGUAAGCCCGCUGUUACACAGUGCAUUCGAAGCAAAGUUUGCCUUGCUGCAACUCCUUUCCUUUCCGCUCGUCCUUUCCGCGAUCACUUCGUUAUUUAUGGAGAAAAGUGUCUAUGAACGAUUAAGGAUAUUCGGUGAACCUUUUGUUUACCUCUGCAAUAACAAUAAAGUGUCGAAAUAUUGUUCGAAUUGUCUGCGAAUACCAAAGGAGAGAAAAUUGUAUCUCUGUGGAAAGUGUGAGUUUGCGCAGUACUGCGAUAAGGAUUGCCAACGCUUUUCAUGGAAAUUCCACCGUAACGAAUGUCGCAGAUUGAAAUCGGUCUUUCCAAAUCUGCCGCUAACUGAAGUACUUUUCCUAAGCCGAGUGAUAGAUCGAGUUAUUUUUUUAGAGGAGAAUGGUGAUAAAUAUAAAUGGCAAAAAGAGCGAAGAUGGUCCGAUUUAAUCGGGCAUCAGGACGAUAUUAGAAAUGAUCCGAUUAAAUAUGCACAUUUUGAAAAGAUUUAUGGCAAAAUGGAACUAUUCCGAAAGGAUGAAAUGAUCGACAAAAAAAAAUUCUUUGAUAUUUUUUGUAAAAUUUCUAUUAAUGCGCAUUCGAUUCACAGUAGUGCCGGUAAUGAAAUUGGAAUGGCCAUUGAUUUUGGUGUAUCGGCUUAUGAUCACUCAUGUCGGCCAAAUUGCUCUUUAGUUUUCGAUGGAUAUCGCGCUUGCCUUCGUCCUUUAACGCCCAACACUGACGCAAAAAAUCCUGAAGUUUCCUUUAUUAGUUAUAUCGACUUAGGCCGAUCACGCUACCAGAGGCGAAAAGAACUACAAGCUAAGUACUUUCAUUGUGAGUGUUCGCGAUGCUCUGAUCCAGCUGAUAAUAUAUUGACGUCAAUACGGUGUGUCAAUCCAACUUGUGAUGAACCUUUGAUAACGACUGAAGAUGCUGAACCCUGCGCUAUCAUAUGUGCCAAGUGUAGCCAAGAAGCAAGCCUGGAGCACGUUGAAAAAUGCCAGAAGUUCAUGAUAAACUUGCCAGACAAAUUUGAUGUGGAUAUUGAUGUUAAAUUACUCGAAGAGCUAUUUGAAAAAGCCACUGCAUUACUUCACUCAAAAAACAUUUAUGUGACUCGACUUCAAACUGCAAUAUUGCACAUUCAAGGAACGUUAGGAAAUAAUUUGCAGUUUAUACAGAAGAACGUCUAUGAAAAUUAUAAAAUGUGCUUUCCGCAUAUGGACAGGCACAUUGCAUUCCAUUUAUUGCAUAUCGUUAAAUCACUAAUUGAGAAAGGAGAACGUUUUGAGGUCGCAGCACCAUAUGCAUAUGAAGCAAUGAACAUAUUUGAAGUUUGCUUUGGUCUCGAGCACCCUUAUUACUUACAAACGCUUGCUUUAUGGACGUUUCUUGACACUAAAGCGCAAAAAACGAAUGACGAAUUAUUUGCUCUAAUGAAUUUAGAAUCGAAUACACCGAUUGAUAUUAGCCAAUAUCUUUUUAAAUAA